CAUCGGUCCUGACCUUCUAAAGAAGUAUUUACCCACAGCUCCGUUUCCAUGGCGUCCCAGGGGUCUGUGACAGCGGCACUGCGGGUGGCUGAGGUGCUGGAAACCAUCGCGAACCGCUGCGUGGGGCCCGAGGGCGGCCUGGUGUUGUGUACGAAGCCCACCGGCGAGGUGCUGCUUAGCAGGGAUGGAGGUUGCCUCCUGGAGGCGCUGCACUUAGAGCAUCCCUUAGCCAGGAUGAUAGUGGCGUGUGUUUCCAGUCACCUUAAAAAAACAGGAGAUGGUGCUAAAACAUUUAUUAUUUUUCUUUGCCAUUUACUCAGAGGACUUCAUGCAAUCGGAGAAAAAGAAAAAGACUCAUUCACUUCUGAAGAUAUUCAGAGCCAUGAAAGGCAUUGGAAAAACUGCUGCCAGUGGAAAUCUAUUUCCCGGGCUCUGCUAAGGUUUCAGACACAAACGUUAGGUUGUAUUGUAGACCAACAUUUAAGCAGGCACUACCUCUCUGCCUUUUCUUCAUCUGCUGAAGGAAGAACACUGUGCAGGCGCUCUCUGGAGUUGCUCCUGGAACCAUACUUUUGUGGAAGAGUGGGAAGAAACAACCACAGAUUCAUUUCACAGUUGAUGUGUGACUACGUUUUCAAGUGUAUGGCUUGUGAAAGUGGGAUUGAAGUAUUUGAGUUUUUGGACAACUGUUUUGUGGAGUUGAAUGUUGGCGUGACAGGCCUUCCUGUUUCAGAGUCUAGAAUUGUGGAUGGCCUUGUGCUUCCCAGAGACUUUUCUGUGUACUGCCCAGCAGAUGGUGGCAUUAGGAUGGUGAUAGUAACCGAAAUCCUCCAGCCUCUGUUUUCAUCGUCUAGCUCGGAAUUUGUUCUCGACUCAGAAACACAGUUUCAGGCAUCUCAGAGUUGGAUCAUGGACAGGACAAAAACCGUAAUGAACCACCUGCGUAGUCAUAAUGUAAAACUGCUCCUGUCCAGUGUGAAGCAACCAGACCUAGUUACUUAUUGUGCAAGACUAAAUAGCAUCUCAGUGGUGGAGUGUUUAUCAUCUGAGGAAGUUUCUCUCGUCCAGAGGAUCACCGGUCUUUCUCCUUGUGUCCUACCAGAGCUCGCUUCACAGUGUCACAUUGCUGACAGUGCUUUGGUGAGGUUUUGUAAACCCCUCAUCGUUAGGUCCGGAAGGUAUGCUCAUCUCGGCUUGGUUAGCACGUGUGCAUUCGUACCUCACUGUGUAGUCCUUUGUGGACCAGUUCUGGGUCUUGUUCAACAGCAUGAGAGUGCUUUCCAUGGAGCCUUUAAGAUGCUUCGGCAGCUGUUCACUGACCUCGAUCUAAAUUGCAUGAUACAGACCAAAGAGCGACGUAACCCGAGCCCUCUUGCUGACAGCAGUAACAGAGAGAGCAGUCACUCACCCAAAACUGGUAAGUAUCAGGACGUAGUAGCAAAGAACAAAGAUAAACUGGAAACUCAAACACGUUUAGAAGUAUAUCCACGUCUGGGGGCUUCGGAUACAGAAUUGAUAACAUGUAAGCUGUGGUCAGCACACAAGGAGACAUCAAUAGAUCCAUCCCAAACAAAUGAAAUACCGAAGCGCUUAUCUCCAGAAAAAAGUAGGAUAGUUGAUAACUGUGAAGUGUUCCUUGAAAAUAAUCCCACUGGAAAUCCUACAGCAGAAGACACUAGGACAGAAAUGUCUUUCAAACAUUUACAGGUCGCAGAUAAUCCUGGAGAAGGGUACACAUUGCCAGUGACAUACAAGUCCCCAGAUACCUGUCCUUCCCAGGCUCACUGUUCAUCAGCUGUACCAGCAGGCUGUGUUCUGCCCGUGGGUGGACAUUUUGAGAUUUUGAUGCAUUUCUACCUUCUCAACUACGCCAAGCAAUGCCGGCAAUCAGACGACGCUGUCAUCAGCAUGUUAAUAGCUAAUGCUCUUCUAGGUGUCCCUAAAAUCCUUUAUAAGCCCAAGAAGGGAAAAGACAGUUUCCCACACAUAUACACUCGGGCUCUCCGUGCACUGCAAACCAGGCAACCCAUAGUAAGUGGUCAGUCAGGCUUCGAGUCAGUAGCUGGUAAGUACCAAUUACUAACUUCAGUUCUUCAGUGUUUGAUGAAAAUAUUAACCAUUGAUUUAAUAAUCAACGUCAAGAGACAGCCUCAGAAAACUGGUGACCAAGAAUCAGAAGACGAACUUUAACACUCAGGUUUUUUUUGUUGUUGUUUUUUGUUGUUGUUGUUGUUGUUGUUGAUGUUGUUGCUCGAACUUUCAGUCUAUGGCCAGGGAGAUGGCCCAGUGAGCAAAAGCAUUUAAUGCCAAACCUGACUACCUGGGGUCAACACCCAGGGUGGAAGGAGAGGAUGAAGGAAAAAUGUAUUCAUCUCAAGGUAAAUAUUAAAACAGGCUUCUGGCUGGCUUUGGAGCCAAUCCUGUCCUUAAAUACAUUGAGUCCAGCAGACCAUUCAGACACAGAGAUCAGCUCUGUGGAACAAAACCUGGCUAAAUAUCUCUCCUUCCUGUCUCGGGUCUCUGCUAGUCUCUGUGUAAGGAAGGUUGUGUCUAUAUUUCCCCUUUCUGUAUCUUUUUUUCCACUUCAUUUCCUUGAACUUUCUGUCUGUCAUAGAGCCAGGUAAUCUCCUGACUAUGUAAAGCAGUAAAUAAAAGUCAAAUUUCCCU